AUGUCCGUGGUUCAACCUCAAGACGGGAUAACUGUCGUUACUGGUGAAGACUUGAGGCCCUUACUAUCCAAGGCGGGUCUACAACUCUCGGAAAAGCUCUUGGAAGAUUACACAACGCUUCUCAGUGGACUUGAGGGGGCCAUCGCAUCGUUGCCAGACGAUACAAGCUUUCUGCCAAAACCAGAUCUUAGCAAGUAUCCCAGGACCGAUAUCAACAUUCCCUCCCCGGAAGAGAGUGAUGGCGGUGGAUGGGCAACUAGAGUGACAGCAAGGUGCACAAGCCCCAAGAGCGACCUCCUGAAGGGACGCACAGUGGCGCUGAAGGACAACAUGGCAUUCGCCGGUGUGCGUUGUACAAACGGCACUUCCAUGGUCGAGUGGGUUCCCGAGAUUGACGCUACCAUCGCGACGUGGAUCAUGGACGCAGGAGGCAUCAUCAUCGGCAAGGCAGCUUGUGAGAACUCAUGCCUAGAAGGCAUGUCAGCCACGUCCGUCACAGGCCCCGUCCAAAACCCCUUCGCCGACGGGUACAACGCCGGCGGCUCCAGCAGCGGCUCCGGCCGUCUAGUGGCCACGGGCUCUGUCGACAUGGCCAUUGGCUGCGACCAAGGGGGAAGUAUUCGCAUUCCGGCCUCGGAAUGCGGAAUUGUAGGCCUCAAGCCCACCUGGGGUCUGGUACCGUACACGGGUAUCCUGAGUUUGGACGCGCAUCUCGACCACGCUGGACCCAUGACAAGGAACGUCAGGGACUGUGCAUUAUUGUUGGAGGUCAUCGCAGGGCCAGAUGGCUGGGAUGACCGACAACCGCCAUUUGGACUCGAGGGGGACAGGUUGAAGUAUGUGGAGCAUGUCGAUGCCGUCGUCGCCAAAGACGGAGCCAGGAUGCUUGAGGGCGUCAAGGUCGGCGUUCUCAAGGAAGGGUUCGAUAUCCCUGGUAUCAAUGCAGAUGUCGCUCAAACGGUCAAGGCAGCAGUGAAGAAACUGGAAAGCCUCGGCGCCGCUGUGUCCGAGGUGUCAGUCCCGCAGCACAAGAUAGCACCGACGGUGUGGACAGGCGCCUUGCCGCUGGCUGGAGGUCGGCAGGCCAUACUCGGCGACAUGGACGGGCGAAAGCAACUCCACUUCACCGAUCGAGCCGCCAAGUUGGAUGCGCAGCUCACACAGGCGCAGUUCGAUGCUCUAGGGCCCGGUGCCAGCAACAUGUACAUGGGAUACCUAUGGGUUCAAGAGAAGCACGGCGCCAAGCUGCAGGGAAAGUGUAUGAACCUCAUCAAGUCCAUCAGUGACGCAUACGACAAGGCGCUGCAGGAAUUCGACGUCCUUGUCAUGCCUACGUUACCCACCCCGCCGCCUCGGCUACCGGAGCCUGGUGCUUUGGGUACGACCGAAGGGCCCCUGAAGUUCCUCUCGCGCAGCAUCGGGAUGAUCGCCAAUACGUGUCCCUUCGAUAACUCGGGGCAUCCCGCACUUUCGCUUCCAGUCGGCUUCGUGCCAGCGGUCGAAGAUGCAGAGGUGAAGCUGCCAACGGCCAUGCAGAUUGUAGGGCGUAAGUACCAGGAUGUGAACUGUCUCAAGGUUGCGGCAGCUUGGGAGAAGGCCUUCGACUGGAAGACGUUGUAG